AUGGAGGGAGCUGCUACGCCGUUGUCGUUUCCACCUGAGGUGUUUGCCAGGCUGGAGCCUGAUAUUUAUCUGCAGAGACACUUGGAACUGGGACUUCGACCCAGUGGACUGAGAGCGUUUGACGAGUUCAGGAAGGCCACGAUCCAGGCGUCGGAGCCGCUGCCAGGGACAUUAGGUUCGGCUGUUAUUAGUGUAGGAGGUACGACCGUCGUGUGUGGAAUUACCGGCGGUAUUACGGAACAGAAGGGAAAGCACGGUGUAUAUCCUAAUGUUGAAGUCAUUCGUGGUACUCGCAAUGGACCACCCACUCAGGAGGAGAUGGUUAUCUCACAACGAGCAUUCCAAUUGCUCAAUAACACUGAUUAUAUUGAUCCAGUUAAUUUCGUAAUUCCCGGCGCCGAAAAAACUAAAUGGCUUGUUUUGAGUGCCAGUGUUCAGGUUUUGAGCAGGACUGGCCCCUGUUUCGACGCUGUGUGGACAGCCAUUAUCACUGCAUUAAAAAACACAAGAAUUCCUCAGAUGGAGGUCGAUCCUGAUACAAAGCAAGUUGUCAGUGAUCUGUCGACCGUAAGUCCAUUGAAGCUUUCUGAUGAGUCUGCUUCCUUGGACCAGUUUAGCAGCACCUUUGCUAUUGGUGAGGUGCAAAAGGACCAGAAAACAGUAGUUAUAGCCGACAUCGAGGGCGAAACCGAAGAGGCAUGUCUCAAUAGUCGGAUAAAUGUCGUGACUUCGCCGUCCGGUCUCUUGACUGGAUUGACGAUUGCUGUUACAUCGAGUAACGCUACUGGUAUUAAUAAGGGUAUUCAAGUGUCGAGAGAGCAUAUCCAGACUGUACUGGCAUCUGCUCGCAAAAGGGCUAGCGAACUCGCUACUGCUCCUGUGAGCUAG